AUGGAGCAGAGGGAGAAACUGAAGCGCAACCUCCCAAUUUGGCUUCAUACUUACCUCGUGUGGGCUUUUAUUCCUGAAUCUUGGCUAAACUCCUUGGGUUUAACCUACUGGCCUCAAAAAUAUCGGACAGUUGCAUUACCUGUCUACUUCCUUAUUACUAUAGUAAUUGGCUAUGUGCUCUUGUUUGGGAUUAACAUGAUGAGUACCCCUUCACUCGACUCCAUUCGUACAAUCACAGAUAACUAUGCUAAAAAUCAACAGCAGAAGAAAUACCAAGAGGAGGCCAUUCGAGCAUUAAGAGCUAUUUCUAUUAGUGAAGUAAACCAAAUGUUCUUUCUUGCGGCCAAAGACCUUUACACCAAAAACUGAAAUGUAUGUGGCCA